UCGGAUGUUGUAAAGUUUCAACGCAUCCUUCAGUUUGUCCUCCACAACUACCAUCAGGAGGUGAAGAAAGUCAUAGAUGCAGCUCAAGGUAGCUGGGAGAGGUUCAAGGAAGGGAUGCAGAGGAAAUACCGCCUGGGAGACGGGUUGUUGACUACCACGGACCUUGAAGCGAUGAACAAAGAGGAUUUUAUGACUAUAGGGGCCUUUGUUCAAGAAUUUAGGAAGAGGGCGCGGAAGGUCCAUGGGAUUUCUGAGGAAGCACAGUGCGUCAUCUUCCUGGGGCUACUCAUAGCAUCGGAGGCCGUCGAGUUGACGAGACAUGGAGGAGGUAGCACUAAGCUCACCUGGGCCACCAUUGACAGAGGGGUAGAAGUUGGGUGCUUGGACCAGGUGGAACAACGUCAGGUACGCCUGCAAAGACAGAAGAGAAAAGAAAGAGAUGCGACCGCUUCUGGGACCUCGGGAGUAACAAGGAUUGUUACAGACGUAUUGGCACAGCUAGGGUAUGCGACAAAGCCGGUGGUGCAAAGGAGGGUGGUGACGGUUGUUAAAGUAAAAGGAAAAGAGCCAGUGAUAGAGGAGGCUGGUCAGGAGGAGCUAUGGGAAGAGGAAGAGCCAGUGCCGCAGCACCUAACGAAGGUCCAGCGCAAAGAGCGAACGUUAAUGGUGGAAUUAAUGAAGAGGAAGCAUCGCGCCUAUGCGUUUAGUGACGAGGAGCGUGGCAGGCUGGAUGUAGACAAGAUACCUAUGAUCCGCAUACACACCGUGCCACACGAGCCUUGGAACAUGAGAGGGGCGCGAUAUCCCAAUCCUGACGAGGAAAGGAAGGUGGUGGAUUAUCUCGACGGCAAGAUACGUACUCACGUCGCCGACUAUUCAAGUGAACCGUAUGCGUCCCCGUGGUUCUGCUUUAUUACGCCUAACGGGACGCUGCGGUGGGUGCAGGAUUUGCAAAGAUUGAAUGCAGUGACCGUGCGAGAUGCUGGAGGACUGCCGAAUGCAGACGCGCUGUCGAAAUCUUGUCCUGGAAGACCUACAAUUUUGCUUAUAGACCUUAACUCAGGAUACGAUCAAUUCCCAGUCUACCCGUCGGAUAGGCCGGUGACGGCUAUGCACACGCCGCGAGGAUUAGUCCACAUGAACGUGGCCUCACAAAGGUGGACCAACGCAGUAACAAUGGUCCAACGGGCCAUGAUUCGGGCCAUGCAGUCAGUCAGCCCCCAUAUCACACAGCCAUACAUUGACAAUUUGGCAGUGAAGGGGCCGACGAUGAAAGAGAGCGACAAAGUCUCACCAGGGGUAAGACGCUUUGUCUGGAAACACAUCCAGGACCUCGAAAAUGUCUUGAUCCUCCUCGAAGAGCAUAACCUCAUGGCAAGCGGGGCCAAAUCCAGACACUGCAUGAGGGAAGCGACUAUCUUGGGGAUCGUCUGCAAUAAGAAGGGUCGAAGGCCGGAUGUGAAGAAGACGGAUAAGAUUACUGAGUGGCCAGUUCCGUUCCUCUUAAUAACUGAUGUCAGGAGCUUCCUUGGUACGUGUGGAUUUUGGAGGGCCUUCGUCAAGAACUUUGCCGCUAAGACUGAACAUCUGAGGAAGUUAGUCCGUCAGGAUCAGGAAUGGGUAUGGGGUGAGGAACAAGAAGAGGUGGUGACAAAAAUGAAAGAGAAAUUCCGAGAAGGAGGGUCUGACUUUACGAAGACAGCCAUGCCAAGAGGAGGGAGGGGGACACGGCUACCUCGGAGGCCGUUGGGAGCAUCAGGAGAAUAUGAGCGACAUGGGCCUCGCCAUCAAGAGUGUACUCCAGUAUACGAUGAUGGGGACAUCGAGCUAUUCCUGGACAGUUUUUGGGAUCAUGCGAGGCGUAUGGGCUGGACUGUGGCCCAAGCAAUCGAGGGAGUGACGGGAGUCGGCAGAUUCGAGGAGCCCGCGCGGAUCCGUAGAGAAGCGACGACGAGAUCAGAGGUGGAGUGGAGGAUGCAAGAACUGCGACCCUCGCCUGUGGGACCAGAUGGCAGGCCGAUCCGUCUAGAGAUCGAAAACGUGGCAGACUUCAUCCCUGCUUUCGAGUGGUUUAUGCAGGGGCAGGUGGAGUUCCAUCGUUUUACUGAGGGUGGAUUGAGGAGGUCACCAGCACACACACGGGAGGAGCCGCCAGUGUCUGAAGGGCCGUUGAGAGAGUUAGAAACGCAUCUGGAUAUCUCUCAGUGGAAAGCGUCGCCUCAGGAUGAGAAGCAUGAAGAGCAAGUAGAAGGGGUGCCACGAGAGGAGGUACCACAAGAGGAGGUGCCACGAGAGGAGGCGCAGGGUACUCAGCAAGAGAGCAGGCUAGGCGACAUGGGGCGACGUGCAGGGAAGGAAGUGAUAGAGGUUGGAUGGGACACACCCCCACAGGCGCCAGCAAUGGGUUUGAGACUCGGGGAUGCACCAGGGAGCGCUCGUCAGGCAGAGGAGAGAUUGCGGAGAGAGGGGGCCCCACUUCCUUCAUCAGAGAGGGCUCCAUCGCCAGAGGGGAGAGCCGGCAGGAGGAGAGAAAGAGCAGCUGUAAGAAGGGAAGCCUUGACCCUGAUUGAUAGGCACCUAGCAGCUUAUGCCCUGGAGCAUCCAGACCUGGAGGAGCCAGCACCUGCUGAGCCACGCCGGGAGCCGUACCAACUCGAGAAGGGGAUGGAAGCAGAAAUCCCAAAGAGGGUCGACCUCCGCACGAGGGAAAGGGCGCCAGCUGAAGAGACGGCUGAAGAAAAGAGGGCGAGAAGAACUAGACGGAUAGAUGAGAUAUGGCAGGAGAGGCAGAGGUUGGAGGCAGCAGGGGAGCUCCCGGAACAGCAACAGGAGAGAUAGAGAUCGGAGGCAGCAGAAGCACUCCCAGGUCAGCCACCCAGCGCGCCAGCUAGGGCCAACGAGAUUCCUGAGAUGU